GUUGUAUUUAGCUGCUGCUCGUUGUUAGUUCAGUAGGCACGAUGGCCACUAUGCAGAAGAGCUCCGUGGCUGUGCGCUCCAGCAGCAGCGCCAACCUGGUUGCUGCCAGGCCCAUUGCCCAGCGUCUGUGCUUUCAGCCUGUGGUUCGCCAGAGCGCUCAGCAGCAGCGCAGCUCGGUCGGCCGCGCGAUGCCCAAGGUUGUGGCUGCCGCUGUGGCCGCGGACGCUGCUGCGGAGACCGUCAAGCUGCCUGCGGGCUACCAUUGGUAUGAGACCAUGAUUAUCCUGAAGCCUACGCUGAGCGACGAGGAGAGGGAUCGCGAGCUUGCCAAGUUCGAGGCGUACCUGAACAAGGAGGAGUGCUUCAACAUUAACGCUCUGGUGCGGGGCCGCAGCAAGCUGGCGUACCCCAUCAAGAAGGAGUGGGAGGGCAUCUACGUGCUGUACAGCUACCUGGCCCGCCGCCAGACUGCUCGCGCUGUGCAGCAGCUCCUAUCCAACCCGGAGGCCGGUGCUGAGGACACUGUCCUGCGCCACAUCACCCUGUGCAAGCAGUAAAAGCAUAUGCACCGCAAUAGCGGCAGAGGCAUGGAUGGAGCUUGGUUGCAGGUGGUUUUAUGCCGCGGCGCAGCAGGGGCGGCCAGCGGCGAAAUAGGUGCCCGGAAGCUGUGGGCGCCAGCCGAGAGGAGCAACAACUGGGGCUCGACGGCGUGUACGCAGAUGCACAGCAGGGCAGUGUAGCGUCGGGGAGGCGUCCUCGAAGAGCAGAAGAUAUGACUGUUGGGUUCAGGUGGAGCCCCCGCAAGGAGGAGCCGGCUGCCGCCUCUCAGAAGCAGCUGUUUGGCGCAGUGGAUGCGGAGGACGUGCAAUGGAAAUUAGAUGCAGAUGGGGUGGGAUGACUCUGGUAAAUGCCAGAGGGUUUUAGGAGGAGGCCAAGUGUCAGCUUGGGAUUGAGUGCUCGCGUCGUGUGUUUUGGGAUAUCAUGCCCCGGUUUUUGGCGUUCCUACCGGUGCGGCGUGAGUAUUGGACGUGUCUGGCACGUGUAAACGUGGAAAGCC